AAAAGUGAAAUCGUUUCCGGUCUUGAGGUCUGUGUGAUUUGCAAAGCAGAAGUCACUCGAAAAGGAUUAGCUAGCUUGCUAGCAGAGGGAAUCUCUUUAGAUGUUGGAAUUUGUGCCAAAUGAGCUACUUUGAGCACCGCUGAUACAUCAAGAGAGUUAAGAAGCUGAAACAUCUGCUGUUGCUAUGGCAAUUCUAUUUGCUGUGGUGGCUCGUGGAACCACCAUCCUGGCAAAGCAUGCAUGGUGUGGUGGAAACUUUCUAGAGGUGACUGAACAGAUUCUGGCCAAAAUCCCAUCAGAAAACAAUAAGUUGACCUACAGCCAUGGGAGCUAUCUCUUUCAUUACAUCUGCCAUGACAGAAUCAUAUACCUGUGUAUCACGGAUGAUGACUUUGAGAGGUCUCGUGCUUUCAGCUUCCUUAGUGAAGUCAAGAAGCGCUUCCAGACAACAUACGGGUCCCGAGCACAAACAGCCCUGCCUUACGCCAUGAACAGUGAGUUCUCCUCUACGCUGGCAGCUCAGAUGAAACACCACUCGGACCCACGAGGAUCGGAUCGUGUCACUGAGACUCAGAUGCAGGUGGAUGACCUGAAGGGCAUCAUGGUCCGCAACAUAGACUUGGUCGCCCAGAGAGGAGAGAAACUGGAGUUACUGAUUGACAAGGCUGAAAAUCUGGUUGAUUCUUCGGUCACAUUUAAGACCACAAGUCGUAACCUGGCACGAGCCAUGUGUAUGAAAAACCUCAAGCUGACCUUUGUCAUUGCACUGGUGUGCCUGGUGGUCCUUUACAUUAUCGUCUCUGCUGCCUGUGGGGGUCUCAGCUGGCCCUCUUGUGUCAAGUAAUGGGACCAGGAUGGGGAUAAACAAGAAGACAUACAGGAUUAGAGGAAGAGGAGGAGAAGCGCAUGUUUAAAUCUGCCUGCCAAUGGAUCCAAAAGGAAACAAAACUUUUCUUUAUGUCUGCAGCUUCUACAUCCCCAGACACAUGAUGCUGCUCCUCCUGCCUCCGUCCUAACCCCCUUCUUUGAUGGUGUGCACAUUGACUUGCCUUCUGGAAAGGGAGCCCCAUCUCAUACCCACACUUAAUGGACUGCAGCCCUGUGGCCUAAAAAUGGAUGUGGAAGAUUAAUUUUGUCUUAUACUAGUCUGGUACAUUCAUCCUGUCUCAUGCACUCAGUGGCCUGAUGUAUCAAUUUGUGAUACUGUCCUGCACCUAUUUGUGUAUUUGAUCUAUUAAGACUAAUACCUGGAACCCCAAAAGAGCAACGGUAGUUUUCUCAGUGUUUUGUUUUUCCUUUGACGUCAACAAACACACAUAGAACUUACAAGUUUUGGUAACAUCGCCAGUGUGUUGGUCCAUCAAGAAGGACUCCAGAAUACCGUUUCUGCCUGUUAUUUAACAAACUAAUUUUUGACUGAGAUGAUAUAGUAUACUGUACGUGUUGAAGAUGUCUCAUGAGUGAGAACGGAUUUUCAUCAUUUUUUUAUCACCAAACACAGAAGUAUAUUAAAAAAUAGAUGUUGUAAAAUACAAAGCGAAAUCAUAAAAAUAAAUAUGUGAAUCUGAUUGACGUUACUGAUUCAAAACAUGUAAUGGUGAGUUAAAGCCUGGUCAUUAUCUAUCUCUCAAUGGCUGACUUUUGAGGAGGUGUUCUUUCACCUGUUUCCUCAUCUGGGAUCUGAAGUGUGCCCAUAUGUUCUGUCUGUUAACACCAUGCACUUUUAUACAUUGUACAUAUAUUUGCUCCCUCACAUCAUGUGACUUAAAAUCAUGUAACUAUUUAAUUAUUGUACAUUAAGAUUUGAAAUAAUAAAAUCUGAUGGUA